UACACUAGUCAAAUAGUUGUCUUAAUUUCAGAUAUUGCUUUCCAAGAAUUAUUUCAUCAUAAUAUUCAAUGUUUUGGAAUCCAACAUCAAGAGGACCAGAGUCACAACAUAGUAUGGAGGAUUGGCAGUCAAAACUCAGAGAACUUCAGGAGAAGUUGACCCUAGGAAAUGUUAACCUGACCCCGCGUAAGAAGCAGGAAAAUGAGUCUCAUUUCACUGUCCUCAAUCUCUCUACCCCGUCUAGUAGGGAUGUUUUAGAAGUGCAGCCACCUGAAUUCUGUAUUGUUUGUGGGGACAGGGCUUCUGGCCGCCAUUACGGAGCAAUCAGCUGUGAAGGGUGUAAAGGAUUCUUCAAAAGAUCCAUCAGGAAGCAAGUUGGAUAUCAGUGCCGAGGAUCCGGAGAUUGUCAAAUUAAUAAAAACCAUAGAAACAGAUGUCAGCACUGCAGGCUAAAGAAGUGCCUGCUAAUGGGGAUGAAAAGUGAUUCUCCCCGUGUUGCAGCCGUACAGGCAGAAAGACGACCUCUCCCACGUGCUGCGACAAUGCCGCAACCUAUUCUCUCUCGGCCUAUAAACCAUCAUCUGCCUAAUCCCACACCACGCGUUCCUGGAGCACAAUCCAAUCUUCCUUUCCAGUCUAGGGAUUCUCCCAAUAGAUGGCAGGAGCUUCCUCUGUUGAUUGUAGAUGAAUCUUUUGAGGGUGGUGAGGGUGAGGGUGGUGGGGAGGAGGACUGUACAGAUACUGUUGACCGGCUCAAUCUACUCAACCAACUUAAGGAUAUGUCCUCAGGGUGGCUCAGACCAGAGAUGAAAGAAGAAGAAGGAAAGGAGAAAAAUGGAAGCAUUGAUGAUGAAAAUAUUCAGCCUUUUCAGUUCCUAGAUUCCAGGUUUGUUCUCAUACCUCCAUCCCUCUCCAUUAGCAGUACAUUAAUGAAUAGUGGAGUCCAUUUUAUCUGUGAAACUGCCUCCAGACUUCUGUUCCUAACGAUAAACUGGGUUAAGAACAUUGAAGCAUUCGCAAAAUUAGAGUCUGACAUACAAGUUUUAAUCCUACGGAACUCGUGGACUCAGCUGUUUGUACUAGGCCUUGCUCAAUCAGCCAGGGAAAUCGGAUUGGAAAAUCUUAUGCUUGCCGUCACAGAUAGUUUACAGACCCGUUUAAAAGAUGAAAGUGCUAACCUGAGCACUCUAACGAACCUCAUUCAAGAUACAAGGAAUAUAUUUCGGCGGAGUAAAGAGAUCUCCGAGCUACACUUGACUCACACAGAAUAUGCUUUUCUCAAGAUUUUUAUUAUUUUCAAUCCAGAUUUUGAGCUGAGCAGAGAUGUUUCAAAACAUUUCCAACAAAUUAGAAACUCUUUACUCUCCAGUCUUCAAACUUAUUACACAAACCAAACAACAGAAAACCAAACAACAGCCAGCCAAACAACAGAAAACCAAACAAUUAUACGUACUGAGACAAAGCAAACAGCUGUAUCAAGAUCAAGUCAAACAAUCGUUGACGUUGAAGCAAAACAAGCAUUCGAAACAAAAUCAAACCAAACAACCUUAGCUAAAACACCAAACCAAACAUCUUUAUCCAACUCAAACCAAACCACAAUAGAAACUGAAACAAACCAAACAAGAAAAGCUGUUGACGAAGAAUUUUCGAACAAAAUAGAAGCUGUCGAAGAAAUAUCUGCAAUGAAGGAACCAAGAAAAAUAGAAAAUCUCCCAGUUCUAGCUUUUAAAUCAGAAACUACACCUUCUAGAUGUUGGAUGGAUGGAGGUCGUCUUCUACUCCAGUUGUCUCUCCUUAACGGGUUCAAAUCCUGGAGUAUGGACGAGAUAUUUUUCUCCGGUAUGGCGGAAAGUGUGAGAAUAGAAACUGUUAUUCCGUUUAUCCUGCAAAUGAACGGAAUUAUAAAACAAGAAACUGAGAACUGUUGAAACUGGAGAAAAUUAUCACGGUUCAUUAUAAUAAAAACUUAAUUUGAAUUUUGAAAUUUUUUUCAAAUAUCUUUUCUGAAAAUUUGUGUGUUUUAUUAAAAGACAAUAUUUGAAAUAGCAUAAACAUAAAUAAAAAUAUGUUACUGUAUAAAAUUGAUAAUGUAUCUAAUAAAGAAAUGAUAUAACUGGUUUAA